AUGAACAUGAGGACUAAGGCAGAGGAUGGAAUAACUCUUCCUCACUCCCUUCUCCCCUCUGUGCUUCCUCACACCCUUCUCCCCUCUGUGCUUCCUCACACCCUUCUCCCCUCUGUGCUUCCUCACUCCCUUCUCCGCUCUGUGCUUCCUCACUUCCUUCUCCCCUCUGUGCUUCCUCACUCCCUUCUCCCCUCUGUGCUUCCUCACUCCCUUCUUCCCUCUGUGCUUCCUCACUUCCUUCUCCCCUCUGUGCUUCCUCACUCCCUUCUCCCCUCUAUGCGUCCUCACUCCCUUCUCCCCUCUGUGCUUCCUCACUCCCUUCUCCCCUCUGUGCUUCCUCACUCCCUUCUCCGCUCUGUGCUUCCUCACUCCCUUCUCCCCUCUGUGCUUCCUCACUCCCUUCUUCCCUCUGUGCUUCCUCACUCCCUUCUCCCCUCUGUGCUUCCUCACUCCCUUCUCCCCUCUGUGCUUCCUCACUCCCUUCUCCCCUCUGUGCUUCCUCACUCCCUUCUCCCCUCUGUGCUUCCUCACUCCCUUCUCCCCUCUGUGCUUCCUCACUCCCUUCUCCCCUCUGUGCUUCCUCACACCCUUCUCCCCUCUGUGCUUCCUCACUCCCUUCUCCCCUCUAUGCUUCCUCACUCCCUUCUCCCCUCUGUGCUUCCUCACUCCCUUCUCCCCUCUGUGCUUCCUCACACCCUUCUCCCCUCUGUGCUUCCUUACUCCCUUCUCCCCUCUGUGCUUCCUCACUCCCUUCUCCCCUCUGUGCUUCCCCACUCCCUUCUCCCCUCUGUGCUUCCUCACUCCCUUCUCCCCUCUGUGCUUCCUCACUCCCUUCUCCGCUCUGUGCUUCCUCACUCCCUUCUCCGCUCUGUGCUUCCUCACUUCCUUCUCCCCUCUCUGCUUCCUCACACCCUUCUCCCCUCUGUGCUUCCUCACUCCCUUCUCUCUUCUGUGCUUCCUCACUCCCUUCUCCCCUCUGUGCGUCCUCACUCCCUUCUCCCCUCUGUGCUUCCUCACUCCCUUCUCCCCUCUGUGCUUCCUCACUCCCUUCUCCACUCGUGCUUCCGCACUCCCUUCUCCCCUCUGCUUCAGCCGAUGAGAGGGCGAUUAGUUCCUGCUUACUCGACUGCCAGGAGAUAG